AUGUCGAACCGAGAAUAUUAUCAGAGCACAGGCCCCGAAGGCCAGUGGUAUCAGGAAAAUCCCCAACGUAGUAACGACUUUCCUGGAAUUCAGAAAGAUGAAGUAGAGAAGAAUCUGCAGAGCUCGUAUUCCAAUCAAGAGGACUUUCGACAGCAAGAACAACAGCAGCACCAGUGGCAACCAACACAAGGACAAAAUAUGCCUUACACUCAGCCUCAGUCCGUGGACUACAAGAGAGAACCUGAAAUGUCCCAGCCAGAUGGAGAACGAGGACUUGGAGCGACAAUUCUAGGAGCCGCAGGAGGUGGAAUGGCUGGUCACCAUUUUGGAAAAGAAUCUGGACAUGGGACACUUGGUACAAUUGGCGGUGGUGUGGUUGGGGCAUUGUUGGCUAAUGCAGCGGAACAUGCACUGAAGGAUAAACACCACGGUGGCGGGCGCCAUGAUCGUACUCGUCAUAGGUUGGAGAAGAAGUUAGAGCGGUUGGGUUGA